AUGGGCGUUCCAUGUCCAUCUGCAGGUCAACCAUUUCCAUCCGUACGCGAUUCCAAACAACCAUUUUGCAAAAAACAGACAAUUUAUUACGCAAAUAACAUGUUAGCUAAGCCAAAUAUGGUUCAUAAUGAUGCCCUUUCAUUCGAAUGUAACGAUUCAUCUCCAGUAAUAUGGGGUGGUUAUAUCAUGUAUACAACAUGUUGUUCAACUGAUUAUUGUAAUGUUUGA